GAAGUUGAACAUUGCUUUUUCCUUAAAAAAUAAAUUUCGUUACUUCGUUACUUUCUCGAGAGUAACGAAGUAACUAUAUUAGUUACUUGUUACUGGUAACGAAGUAACUACAUUAGUUACUCGUUACUGGUAACGAGUAACUAACAUAGUUACUACUUGCUAAGUAACUAAGUAACUAAGUUCGUUACUUUACCUAGUAAAGUAACGUCGAGUAACUAGUAAAGUGCCACCCCUAGUCGUCAAUUCACUUCAUUCGUCAACUUAUUUAGAUCAUAAUUAUGAUCGUAUGCCCCUGAAGCACGCUUAUUCAUUUGAUCCUGUUCCCGCUGAACUCUCACCUCAAUAUCAUUCGAAAAUUCUUGGCCUUGGCUGUCAGAUGUGGUCUGAAUGGAUUCCCACAGAUCAAUCAAUGCAACGGCAAGUGUUUCCGCGCUUAGCAGCUUAUGCUGAAGUCGGUUGGAGUGAGCCACAGAGAAAACUGUAUCAAGAUUUCAAACAAAUUUUGAAAGAACAUUGGUUUCCCAAAUGGAAACAGAAGAAAAUUUGGUUCUAUGGAGCGUUUCAUACGGAAAAAUUGGACUAG